UGAGUAGCAAAGAUUCAACCCAGCUCGGCUCCAGAAGCUUCAUGAACCUACUCUCCCCUUCUCUUCAAUCCAAUAUAUAUACAUGCACACCUACUUCUUUCGUUCAUCAACUACCCAGAACCAUUAGCAAACAAUCAAGAAAAAUCUAAAUCUCUCUCUCUCUCUCCCAAUAAUUACAUUCAAAUUCAAUUUCCGUCCCUAUCCAACAGCUAAAGAUGUCCCUGUUUCGAUCCCUCUUUGAUCAGCGAAGCUUUUCCGAUCCUUUCCGAGGAUUCUUCUUCGAAAACUCGGAAAAUAUCAUUGGAUCUGGGAACACCCAAAUGGACUGGAAGGAAACCCCUCACGCACACAUAUUUGAGAUUGAUCUUCCGGGCCUUACAAAAGAGGAGGUGAAGCUCGAAGUGCAUGAAGACAGAGUGGUUCGUAUAAGUGCCGAGAGGAAAGAUGUUGCGGGCGAGGACGAGAAGAGCUUUUACAAGUGGCACUGCAAAGAGAGAAGUAGCGGCAGCUUUGCGAGAGAGUUCCGUUUGCCAGAGAAUGCAAAGGUUGAUGAGAUUAAGGCUUCGAUGAGUGAUGGGCUGCUCGUUGUAACUGUGCCUAAAGACGAGACAAAAAAGAAGGAUAAAAAGCAUAAGGCGGUUGAGAUUUCUGGAGAUGAAGGAAAUGCUCCAAAAGGACUUGCUCGUUUUGUUUGCUGCAAAGCUUGAUAAUUUGGUGUGUGAUAGAUAAUCUGUUUUCUUUUUUUCCAUUUCUGGGUUACGAUUUAUUAAGUUCUGUUUGUGUUAAAACUGUAUAUUUUUCUACUAAAAGUGAGAUUAUGAAGUGUGUACAUAUAUAUUUACAUAUAAAGCUGCUGUUAUCUCUUA